AUGCAACUUUUCUCAGUCACCGCAGCUAUUUCCCAAUCUGCUUUUUCUCAAAACAGCGCGUAUACAUCCCAAUCUUCCAUGUCUUGCGCAUCGUCGCUAUAUGAAUCGGCCCGAUCUAGAGCUCCAUCUAGAUUUUCAGCAUCACCCGCUCACGAAUUAAUGCGCUCGAAGCAGCGUCCAUUCCAAUCCAUGGAAAGCUGUAAAUUUAGUGAUGAUAUUUUGGCUAGCGCUACAUACCUUCGUCCUAGCUCUCAGAUCAUGCAUAAGCAACCUUGUGGUAUAACCGCCCAGCGAAAGACCGUAUCGUAUUAA